GGAUCCAUUUAUCAUAAACGGUCCUGAUUACCCAAUUCGCAAGAAACCUUUUAAGUUGAAUUAAAAAAAAAGGAAAAUAAAUCACCCAAAUAGGUCCCAGAUCCUAUAAAAAUACGUAACAGAACAAAUGAUACAGCUGCAGUGCACCGGAUAAUCCUAUGCUACGUCGGAGUCUUAAUCUUAGACUCACAUCUCAGACCGCCGGUACGCGCCCAAGUCCGACGAGGUUUCUUUUUCCCUGAAAAAAUAUCUCUUACCUCUCCAUAUCUGUCUCUCCACUUGGAAAAUUGACAUCUUCUCCAUUUCUAAAUAAAAAAGGCAGUUGUUGAGAUCGUUGAUUGAGCGAGUUGAGAGGCAUUUGCUUGGCGGAUGGACUCGUUGUCGAUUCGGGUUCCGUACAGGAACUUGAAGAAGGAGGUGGAGGUUGAAAUGGUGGGUGUGGAAGAGCAGAAUCACCAUUCGAUCCAAUUGGAUAAUUCAUCUCCUUCUUCUGCUUCUUCACCGAAUUCUGCUUCGCAGAUCCCCAAUGGUGACUCCGGUUUCUCGGUCAGAUCUAAAACCGCCAAACAUUAUAGCUUGAUCACUCUCAUUCUCAGUUGUACGGUCGCCGCCGGCGUUCAAUUCGGUUGGGCCUUGCAGCUCUCUCUUCUUACUCCUUACAUACAGACACUUGGCAUUGAACAUGCCUUUUCCUCAUUUAUUUGGCUUUGUGGCCCUAUAACAGGUCUUGUGGUUCAACCUUGUGUUGGUAUUUGGAGUGAUAAGAGCACUUCAAAAUUUGGAAGAAGACGGCCAUUUAUUCUUGCUGGGUCUGUAAUGAUUUCUGUUGCUGUGAUAAUAAUCGGAUUUUCUGCAGACAUUGGAUAUAUAUUAGGGGAUACAAAGGAGCAUUGCAGUACAUUCAAAGGCACUCGAACAAGGGCAGCAUUUGUUUUUGUUAUUGGGUUCUGGUUGCUAGAUCUUGCCAACAAUACAGUGCAGGGACCAGCACGUGCCCUUCUUGCUGAUUUAUCAGGUCCUGAUCAACGCAAUUCUGCAAAUGCUGUGUUUUGCUCAUGGAUGGCUGUUGGAAAUAUUUUAGGAUUUUCUGCUGGUGCUAGUGGGAGUUGGAACAGGUGGUUUCCUUUCUUGAUGAGUAGAGCCUGUUGUGAAGCUUGUGGAAAUCUGAAAGCGGCGUUUCUUGUUGCAGUGGUAUUUCUCACUCUUUGCACUCUUGUGACUCUAUAUUUUGCAAAGGAGGUUCCACUUAUUACAAAUCAGUCCCACCGUUUAUCAGAUUCAGCUCCAUUGUUGGACGAUCCUCAACAAAAUGGCCUUGAACUUUCAAAAUCGAAGUCUGAAGUGUCAAUUCUUAGUAAUUCUAAUGGGAACAUCAACAAAGGCAUUGAACAGAAUGUGAAUCCAAAGCCUGGCAUUGCUAACUCCAUAGAGGAUCAAAAUGAAAGUUUAGGUGAUGGACCUGGAGCAGUAUUGGUUAAUUUGUUGACAAGUUUAAGGCAUUUACCCCCUGGAAUGCAUUCUGUGCUUGUUGUUAUGGCUCUUACUUGGUUGUCUUGGUUCCCUUUCUUUCUGUUUGAUACUGAUUGGAUGGGAAGAGAAGUUUAUCAUGGAGAUCCAAAAGGAAAUUCUGAUGAAGUGAAGUUGUAUGAUCAAGGCGUCAGAGAAGGUGCAUUUGGUUUGCUAUUGAAUUCAGUUGUUCUUGGCAUUAGUUCCUUCUUAAUUGAACCAAUGUGUCAGAGGAUGGGGCCAAGACUUGUAUGGGCAAUGAGCAAUUUUAUUGUAUUUGCUUCCAUGGCAGUCACUGCUAUUAUUAGUUUGAUAUCUAUUGGUGAAUAUUCUGGAGGAAUCGAACAUGUAAUUGGAGCCAGUCUGUCGAUCAGGAUAGCUGCCUUGAUUGUGUUUGCUUUUCUUGGCUUUCCUCUUGCUAUUACCUAUAGUGUUCCAUUUUCCGUCACAGCAGAGUUGACUGCUGAUUCAGGAGGUGGCCAAGGAUUGGCGAUAGGAGUUCUAAAUCUUGCAAUAGUUAUUCCACAGAUGGUUAUAUCCCUUGGUGCGGGUCCAUGGGAUGCUUUGUUUGGUGGUGGCAAUAUACCUGCCUUUGCCUUGGCUUCUGUAUGUGCUCUUGCAGCUGGUGUCAUUGCAACUCUUAAGCUGCCGAAUCUUUCAAGCAGUUCUUUCAAGUCGUCUGGUUUUCAUUUUGGCUAACACCGAAAACACACUAACUGAGUUGAGAUUGAAUCUGCAUUUGACCCUCAAGCACAAGAUAUGCUCAUUCAUCUACUUUCAGAGAGAUGGUUCUUCCAUCAUGUGUACGUAUAAUCUCCUUAUUAAAAGGACUAUGAAAUACAAAUUCCAAUUCAUUCAUUUUUUCCCCACAUUGUGGGUCUGUAUUUUAUGUGGCGUAAAUUGCCAUUUUGAGUUGAAAAGCCUAUACAUGCACAUGAAGAUAAGUGCUUUAUCAUGCAUUGUAGUUUAGAAGUCUAAUCACCAUAUAUUGUGUUCUGCCUCUUUUUGUUUCCAAAUUCAGUGCUAGGGAGGUAAUGGUAUAAUAUUCAUGUAGUUAUUAGAAAAGUAGCAUGGAGUUGUUAAAUUAAGAUUUGUAUCUUAUUAUUUUGUUGCUAUUUUCUGAUCUCUUAAUUGCUUGAUUACAACUUUCCAGUUUCCAUGUUUGUCCAGUGCCUGUAAAACACACAUCCCUGUAUCAAUAAUAAUGUUAAUAAUAUUGUUUUGUUACCUCAUCUUGUAAGCUAUUUAUUUGUAGCUUAGAUGUAGGUUAUCACUUGAGGUGUGGUGCACUGUGCACAGCUUUUUUUGGGGCCCGGCUGAAUGGAAUGCAUGAGUGAAAUAGUGGAUAGGUUCCAACUGAUUCUGUAUGCCAUGGCGAUGCUGUCUCCCAUGAAUGCAAAUACGGUGAGCUAGAUCCCUCCUUUGACAGUUGCCCAUGUUAUUAUCUGGUUUUGUCCAGAAUUUGACAAUUUUGAUAACCUCGCCUAAAUGAUUUAGGUCUUAUAGACUUCUAAAUACUCCUCUUCAUCAAAUUAUGCUUCAUGUUGUAUACAAGUCAUGCGUUUCUUUUUACUUUUAUGAAAAGUGAUAUUUCAAUAGUUGAGCUUCAUUUUGAUAUUCGACAAUUGGAACGUGAUAUUAUAGAACUUUCAAUCAAUUCUUCAUGUAGUUCAGACUACUGUUGCACAAUUUCCUUCGAAGCGUGGUACUGGGUGUGAUUUGGAAUUCUAAGUAACUUGUAAUUUCGAGCUGAGCCAAUUUACUUCCUUGUGGUUAAUUUAUUUUCUGGAGUGUUUCUAAUGAUUACUUGUUUUACAAUAACAAGAGGGAGAAAAAAGUAAGUUGAGCAAACAGAUUCUUAAUGAUUAUGCAGUUGUUGAAUUUAAGUUAAGUUGAUUGCUUGCU